CAGAGCGUGCGGACGUGUGUCGAGAGAGAGAGAGCAGAACCAGCUCCGAAGCGAGAGAUAUUAUUUCGAAGAGGUUAGAAAAUUGACCGUUUGAAGUGCAGUGUGUGGGGAGUUCGUCGAAACCUUUUGGAUUAUCAAAAUUUUGGGUUUGCGAAAAAAAUAAAGUGCGUGCGAAGAACUGUGAGAACCAGCAAUUUCUGAGACAGUGAAGAAGUGCUACUGAAGAGGUUCAACACGCCACAGGAUUAAGUGCAACUACUAAACCAAGUGCAAAGGACAGAACUCUAUGGAACCCAGUGUGUAACCCGGCGGUCGGAGCAGUUUGCAGAUUACCACAUGUGCGGGAUACACGCACCGGACAACUUCUAGCCAAAGCCAAAGUGCCCCAUCAAGAUGUUGAAGUGGACCGUUACGAAACGCCCGGAGGGCGCUACAGCAGCCCUGGUUGCGCAGCGACAGCACGGUCACCUUAGGACGCACGCACGCAGAUCCCUGGGCGCGCUGAACGAGCGGGUCGUCCCGAAUGACAGCACCAACACCACCGCAGCAGUUCACAAAGUUAAGGCGCGCCGGUCGUUGGGCGCCACCAUGCACCGUCACGCCCACGUAGAUAAGGAGAAUCAGUGCGUCACGUCGACGCCACACCACGUUGCGGGAGGCAAGACGGCGUCACCGUACUCGAUGGCGCUGCGAGAUGUAAGCAAUAUCACACCCAACAGCACACCUCGGCGGUUGUCGUCAACUCCACAGAGCCGAAAGCGGGCGUUUCCGUCGUCUCCGACGACGGUGACGUCUACAGCGAAGAAGGACGUGCCGUACGCGACGACGUUGCCGACUUUUGACAUUGAGUACUCCCCGUGUGGGAUCAAAAACGUGCCGUUUUUGGCACUGCGAGGGCUGGGACUUGGGGAUUCCUACUUUGACAACCCCGGUCGGUACUUCCACGAUGAACAGCCGGCUUCGAAGAGGCCAAAGCCGUUCGCAGAACCCGCCCCGGUUGACAAGCCCGUUGAACCGGGCAUGACGCCGCUGUCUUCGCGACUCUCCGAACUGCGGUUCAGCAAGCUUAGCUUCAAGCGCCACGAACCUAAAACUGUAAAUAAUAACCAAAUCUUCAAGGACGAUGACGAGCGCUCGCUCAACUCGUCCGAAAUGGGUGAUAUUACGCUAGAUAAGAUGAUCGAUGCAAUCCUGGAGAGUGCAAAGAAGGACCCGCGGCCGAAGCGCAGCUCUAGCGUCAAGUCCAAGCAGGUCAAAAUUCCGUCCCCGACGUACACCCCGGCGGAUGAUCCCGCUUCGGAUCUGUACAAAGACACGUUGAUUCACCAGCUACCACCAAAGCUAAUCGAACAAGCCGAAACCACCAUCAUCCUGGAGGAGAGCACGGUGGUGAACGAGCGCGAGGUCAAGACCCCGGAACCCAUCAAAACCACCAAGUCCCUGCGGCAAUCGCUAAGCCGGUUCGUGCUGGCAAGCCCGCUGGACGCAUGUCACCUUCGUCGGCAAAAAGCCGUCCGUCGAAAAAACAAAGCCGACGGCCCUGAAGAGAAGAAACCCUGCCGCAUCGGGCUAACCCUUCCCAACGGUAUCCCCAGCCCGGAAACCCCCAAAACCAUCACCCACAGCCAGUCCAAGCUGGAGCAGCUGGCACAGCUGCAAACUCCUACCGAACUCGCCAUCAUCGUCGACUCCGACAUCACCGCCACCAAACCUCCACAAGACGAGAUGACCCCAAGCAUCCGCUCGAUCGACCUGCAGGGAACCUCCACCCCGACCUGCAUGGAGGCGGUUUCGUUCGACAAAACCCGCAAGUGCCUGGCCUUCUCGCCAACGCUCAGCGAAGACUCGCUGGAGAAGCGCCGCUCGGUCGCUUCUUCCACCACUUCGCGCUGCUCGCGGGGCGUCUCCAUCGUCAAGGGUUCGCUGGAUCUUGCGCUGAACCUGGAACCGGACACCAGUCGACUGCACGUUCACGUCAUUCGCUGCAAGGAUCUCCAGCGUGCUAGCGGCAACACGAUCAACGCGUACGUCAAGGUCGCCGUAGUGAACCCAGCCGCCAACCCGGCUGACGGCUUCCAGCGCACGGCCGUGCACCGGAACUCGAACCGACCCCAGUUCGAUCACCGCUUCCAGUUCGAGCUGGACCCGGUUAGUGACGACGACUCGGAGGAGGUUCGCCGCAUUCAGCUGGCCGUUUGGCACCGGGACCGCGAGUGCAAGCGCAGCGAGUUCUUAGGAUGCAUGUCAUUUCCACUUAGGAAUGUUAUCAAACAGGAAAUUAAUGGCUCCUACAAGCUGCAGCCACAGUCGUGUCUGACGAAUCCUACCCCACCGAUACCCGACAUGUGUGAAAACUCGCAGUCCAGCGUUGACGAGAUAGUCAGCGUAGAGGACGCCAGUGUGACGACAACGACGGUGGCCAUUGGCACCGCCGCCGCUCCGGAACCGAUCAGUCUGAGCAAGAAGGCCCUGCACCAGCGGGAUGCCGACGAGAAUCUGUUUCUGCGCUUCCUGGAGUUGGACCCGCCGCUGGAGAGUGCAACCACCACCAACAACACUAGCGGCGGCGGUGGUUCUGCACCUCCGGCCAUGCCGGCCACUCCACGUCGUAACUCAAUUAGCUCCAAUAAACCAAACGCGGGCCGAACGCCGUUCACGAUAACCAAGCGACUGACGCGCGUCGCCGACAAGGGCUUCGGCUUCUCGAUCGUGUGGACUCAUCCGCCACGCGUCGAAAAGGUCGAAGCGGGUCUUUCCGCCGAAAAAGCCGGCAUCCUCCCCGGCGAUUACGUGGUCUUCGUCGACAAACACAACGUGGUCACGAUGCCCGAGCUGGACGUGCUGAAUCUGAUCAAAACUCAGGGCAACACGUUGCUGCUGGAAAUCUUCCGCCGGCCGCAGCGACCCACCAACGGGAUGCGACCGGGCAGUGCUGCCAGCGCAACCGUCUCCACCGGAAACCUCAUCAACUUUGCCCCGUUCAGCGCCCAAAUGAACAACGUUCAACAGCCCUCCUCGUUACCACAGCCGCUCCUCCUCCACGACGAGGAACCCUCGCUCAAACCCUCCAUCGCGCCGGCCCGCUCCUCGACGGCCUGCUCGAACAUCUCGAUCGAGACCGCCAAGCGGAAACUUAACCUGCCCCAAGUGACGUUCAGCAAAGAGUCAAUUCUGCAACAGCUGCCUGACGACCAUCGGCGAAAGUUCCUGUACCAGCUGAUCAGCCGUGAGCAGCACUUUGUGACGGCCAUCAACUUUGGCAUCGAUCGGUUCGUGAAUCCGCUGCGCGAACGCAAGGAUCUCAUCUCGCCGAACGACCACAAAACGCUCUUUCAGAACAUCGACGAGCUUUCGCGGAUAUCGGAGGACAUCCUAGAGCAAAUCAUCCAAGAUGAAACCGAGCCUCAAAUCCACUUCGCUUCCCGCGUCUACGUGUCCAAGUGUACGGCCCUGUGUGCGGCCUACAAAAAGUACUGCAAUGGCCUGAAGAAAGCGGACUGCGUGCUGGUGAACAAAUCUAGAAAUUCGAGCUGUGAUUUUAUGAGUUUUAUUACGGAGCCACCGGUGCCACGGAAGCGUCCGGACCUAACCACCUUCAUACAUCGACCGUUGCAGCAUUUUAGGGAAAUCUUAAAAUUAGUCCAAAUGAUCGCGUCCAAUUGCCGUGUAGAUAGUGAAGAGCAUAACAAUUUUAACAGCAUCAUCAACGAGUUGCAGGCGGCGUAUCGAGAGAUCACCGUUGGUGGUGGACUGAUGGAACCCAUCGGAGAGGGUCGUCCACUGUUGACGUUACAAGACUUGGAAGCUAGGAUGGUGUUCACCAAGUGCAAACCAUUCCAGCUCGCAUCCCAUGGAAGGCAGUGGAUUUUUGGGGGCGACUUGUCCAGGGUCGAGGGUCGGUCGGUGAAACCGUACUGGACGCUGCUGUUUAGUGAUAUUCUGCUGUUCGCCAAAGUGAGCCGGGACCGGGUGUUGUUCAUCACGGAGGAACCGAUCGCGCUUACGAACAUUACGGAUUCGUGCUUUAACAUACGGAAAAAGAACACCGAGUUUCGGAUAACGAUCGACCCGAACGGGCGCCAAAUCGAAAGCCCGACCGUCCAUUGCGCCCCGGACCUGACCCGGACUCCCAAGCGCAACUCUAAGAAGCGUUACAUUGUGCUGCGAGCACCGUCGGCUGAGCUGAAAGCCGUCUGGCAGAACCUGCUGACCCGGCAGAUAUUCCUCGUCAAUGCCACCUUGGGGUCGACGCCGUUGAGCAGUCCACUGGACUCCCCAGACAUCCUGCAGACGCUGGUCCCCAUCGGAGAUAUCGGUACGACGGCGGCCUCGAUGACAUCAGUGAAGAUCCCUUCGCUGGACAGCAUUCAUCUAAAGAAUCAACAGUCGAGGUCGAGUAAGGUCCCGAAGCAGGUCGAGGAGUUGAUCGAUGAAAAGUGUAGAAGCCUGAACAAGACCGGAGUGCCGAAGGGCAGUGCCCUACAUCUGGCCCAGUGGAUGAAGGGUCAGCUGGACAAGCAGGUCGUCGAGUCCGAUCCGAUUGACUCGGAUCCGGAGCUGGCGAUCGAGGAGUGGUCCCUCGAGCAGGUCACCAACCGGUCCAAGGAGCUGAAGCUGGUCGACCCGGAUGGAAAUCUGUGCCGAACGACGACGGCGACGGCGGCGGUCAAGGUCAAUGGGAUCGGGGCGUCGUCGGUGGCGGGUGGAAGUGGGUCGACAUCGAAGCUCACUGAUGGGGGUCAUACCGAGGACAGUUCCACGUUCGAUGGGGAGGAUGAUAAUAGGAGCGUGUCCAAGAGUACGACUUCGGAUAGUCAGAUCACGGUCCGAUCGAGCCCGCUAAGCAACAAAGUCGACACCAUAUCCGUGUGCCGGCAGUGCCACAAAAACUGCAAAAGUCGCCUCAACUCUCCGAGUAACAACUCCCUCACGGUUCAGCACAGCCAAGCUUCGUCCACGCGGUGCUGUGUAUCGGCCUCGACGACCGGCAGCAGUCUCAACAAGAGUCCUUCUAGCAUUUCUUCCACGAGCACGCUGACGAUCAACAGCAAAUCCCCGACGAAACCGGACGAGUGCAGUCCUAGCGAAGGACCGCAACCUCAGCCGGAAGUGUCGACGUCACCGACCCCGCCACCACACCACCGUCCUCAUCGAGCGAAUCCGCCGCCGGCUCUAGGCAUUAGCAGCUACAAGUCCAAGUGCCAAACUCCCUGCCACUGCAAGUGUACCCCGAAAGACUUUGAGAAGACCACGCUAAGUCCGGACGAGCUGCUGCACGAGCGCGUCAAAAUCCUGAAGAACGUCAACGAAGUCAACGCAAACACGACCGAAUCAUCCAAGGUCAACGGGUAUCCGAGCGCUACCGAGCUGCGAACUAGUCGAUGUGACGCAGAUCCCACCACCGAUAACAACAACGUUGAAGACUGGUCGCUGAUGCUGAUCGGGCUGGCGCAGAUCCAUCCGGCGGCACACCUCGUCCAUAUGGACCCCUUUGAGGCGGUUCCCACGAUAGCGGUUGUGCCACCGACGCCGGAUGCCCUGAACAGCAAUAGCAGUAACUGCAAGCAGAACAUGACUCUGAAUUGGAACGACUCCAACCGGCUCAAUCUGGGGUCGAUCAACGAAAGUCACGACGCAGACGGCGAUGAGUACUCGCCGGACAAUUCGCCGGAAGAUGAGAUCGCUGAGCCACCGUAUCGGGCGCUGAGCACCGGGAUGAAGCGGUACGGAACGAUGUCCAGUUUGGAGCGGGUGCCGUCCGAUGAGACGGACAAGACGUACAACUCGUCGGAAGAGGACUCGGAGGGAGACAUCAAAAUCAUCACCAAGGAGGUAUACGACGGCAACGCCCAGCCCUUCAUGAACUGGACGGCUCGGGCGGGGAAUUUUAUCGAAGAGUCGCGGGCGUUCAUCGAUCGCUAUUUGGGCCGGGGCAACACAGCCGAUGACGAAGACGAAGUUGAUUGCGGGGAGGGCGUUGGCGGCGUCAAGGACGCCGAAGUGGCCGGCGAUGUUGAGGGUGAAACUUCGGUCACUUCGGGCGAGGAGGUUUGGGGCACGCCCACGAGUGGGGGUGAAAACGAUGACAUGCAAAUCUUCGGCAGCAUCGAACAAACGCACUCGUCACCGACCAAGUCCUCGUCCUCGUACACCGGAGAUGAUGAUACCGAGCUGAUGAUGGACGAACUCUUGAUGGCACCUCCGAUGACCGCCAGUGCCGUGAGGGGACUCUUGCCAAGACGAAAGCUAGAACCGUUGUUUGAGGAGGAUAGUGAAAGUUGCGAAUCGGAUGAUGACAGUAAGCCCCUGAGUGGACGUGACAAACAGGGGCAAGCGGCGGCAGCGGAAAGAAAUCUUCAUCCUCAUCGACUGGACUAUGUGGACUUAAGAGGUUCCACCGGCUCCGACUCAGUAAGUACCACGCCGUUGUCGACUCCCCUGGCCGAGCGAGCGCCGGAGACGGUGAAGACGACCACGCCCGACGAAAGCUAUGGGAGUGUUGCUGACAGAUGCUCUGCAUCUGUGCCGCACCUGAACAUCGGGAUGCCCUCUGCAAGCGGUACCGAUCGUUUCGGGGUGGGUUCCGGUGCGCCGGGGCCGAUCCUCACGUUGCCUCCUCCGCCGUCUACCGCCCCACCACCACCCCUAUUCUACGGGCUGAGUCCGAAGCUGGAGAUGCGGCUAGCCCUCAAUCACGACAUUCUCGGGGACGAGGAUCUGAUCAGCUACAACCCUGGCCCGGAUCAUCUGACUUCGAUUCUCGGGCCCGACCUCUCCACAUACCACCGGAUCAGUGGGAAGGACGUGAUUAUGAACCGGAUCAUCUCGCGGGUCAACAGCUACAACAGCAUUCCGGUGGCACUGGCCAAGCAUACGGCGGCGCAGGAGGCAGCGGCAGCGGCGGCUUCCAGCAACAAUCCCAGCACUUCCAAUCUCAUCACCAGCAGCGAUCACCCGCUGAAAAACGGAACGAGCUCAUCAUAUCAGCAAAACAAUUCAAAGAUGGAUACUCCUACUCCCAAUCGCCGAAAAGCGCAAAGCCCAGCUACCUGGAACAGUUCUGGGUCUGUGGAGCGAGAAGAAAAGACUCUGUCGGACCUGGAACGUUUGGCGAGGCGGGAGAAAGUCUACUGCAUGACGCAGCUGAAUCAAAACGGUUCCCCCCACCUGAAGCAUACAGCUAGUUUCAACAAAAGCAAGUCGUCCAAACUAUUCACCUUCCUUUCGCGGCGCAACUCGGAGAACCAGCUGCACCGGUUCUUCAGCACGUCCAAAGACAGCGGUGACUGCGUCGGUGGUGACGUUCCUACUUCGCAUUCGGACUCGAGCCGGAUGAACUCGCCCCGGAAGGACAAUGACAAAUCACUCGAUCGACGGUUCUGGAAGCAGCUUACCAAACGACGACGUAACAGCCUAAAUGAGCUUUCGGCUAGCGAAUCCUAGACUUAGUGGACAUUAUCGAUUUUUGACUACUCAAAACUCAAAACCUACCUACCUACAGUUUAGCUAUACCGCGUACUAUCGGCAGAUUAGUUUGUUCCUAGAUAGAUAGAAAAACCAAAAAUAUCGUUCGUUAUGAUAAAUCGUCUUCUUCGUCUCCCUACAAUGUCCAGAGUGUUGUUUCUUCUUGGUAGUAUAAUUAGCUGAAAGUCAAGCAUUUGGAAAAUCGCCAGUUUGAGCAAAUUGUAACUACUGAUAAUCAAGCAAAGGAGUACCGAUCUAUCGAAAUAAAAAGUUCUACUUCUGGAAUAGGAUUCUAAGACACAAUAAUUAGGGCAUAGUUUAAAACAGUGUUUUGGGUGCAGCAACAGUGCUAAGUCAUUCGACGGCGAAAACAACAACAAUUAAGCGAAUCAAUUCGUGAUAGUAGUUAAUAAAAAUCUUUUUAAAAAGCAUAAUUGGCAGCAACAAUUUGAAGAAGCUAAUCAUAACAUUUUUAUGAUACGGUAGUCCGUAGGUAGUGAACCUUCUCCAGUGUAAAUAUUUUAGCAUCUUUUUUAAAACAAAAAAAAACAGUUUGUUACUAACGCGAGAAUCAAAUUUUGCGAAUAAUUGUGAAAGGGACAAAUGUGUUGCCACACACCGUGAUAAUUAAGAGGAAAUGUAGUUGUUUUUUGGAGCAUCCACUGAAAAUAUUUUCGAUACUUUGUAAAACGUUUGACUGUGUUUAGUGCAAGGCAAUAGUAACUAAUAAGAAUGUGUUUUUUCACUGUUGACUAGUGUAACUUCGAUCCUUUAGUUUUUCUUUCCACGAAAACAGUACGAUGUAGCAUUUCAGAACAGGUCAAUUCGUUGCCAGCAGAAAUAUAAGAGAAAAAAAACGGGUCCCGUCCUAACUUUUUGUAACGCCGACAACGCAAUGCCAAAAUCUCUCAGUUUCAUUCAAACACGUCCAGCAUAACAGAAACAAACAAACAAAAUCUUCAAAUUCCGUCGAACUCAACCGAAUCCAUCUCACAUUUGUGUAAAUAGAAGCCAGAUUUUAACACCAUGAAACUCACUCAUAGAUUUUCAAACAAUUUCAACUUGGAUCAAACAUUAUAAAACACAUAACUGAAACGCCAAAUAAACAGCUUUAUAUAAAAGAAAGAAUGAAAUAACGAGAAACCAGAUCGUAAAGAAGGCGAAACAGCAUUUUAGCUAUUUAUAAUCUCACUAACGUACAUUAAACAAACAAUAAAAAUCAACAAAAUAAAACUCAUACGAGCAAAGUCUUACAAUUUUAGCAAAAACAAAUUACCCCAUCGUCCGAAAUAUCAAAUUGGGAAUGAAAAGAAAAAAGGAAUUUGAGAUAGAAGAACAAAAACUUGAGCAUAAGAUUUCAAAGUGUUUGACUAAAAGUGUGUGCACGGCAGAGCAGAGUUGUUUCUUCUUUCUAAACAGAGAGUAUUUUGCCUUACGAUAAAGAGAAAUUACCAUUGUAUAGCACACUUUUGGCGGAAAAUAAUGCAAACUUAACAGGAAUACGCGAGCAGUAGAUGGCAUCGAAGCGGAAGGAGGAACUUUCACAGAGUGGUAGCGGAAGUAUAACGAACAUUGUAUCAAAAGUUGGAAAACAAAAAAUAAAAUUCACUUUCAUUAGACAAAAAA